AUGGACAGGUCGAAGAUAAUAUUCACGAGGAGAAAGAAGCCGCCUCCGCCAGAAAUAUACUCACUACACAGAAAGUUGGCAGGAGCAUUCCUCAUAUCGAAGAUACUGUCGGCGAAGUACAACUCGAAGCAGGUGUUCGAUGAGAUAAUGGACAUAGUGGACUCUUUCAGUGUAAAAUAG